AUGACCACACGAAACCCCAUCGCCAAGAGCGACUCCAUCGUCAUUAUCGGGGCUGGAGUCUUUGGCCUUUCCACCGCAUUGGAACUCAAGAAGCGCGGAUUCCAAAACAUUACCGUGCUGGACCGCUACCAGCCGCCCGUGGCUGACGGCAGUAGUGUUGACAUUUCUCGAGUCAUCCGAGUUGAGUAUGCCGACGAGCUGUACGCCAAGAUGGCUCGUGAGGCGCUCCAGGGAUGGACGACGCAGUUCAAAAAACACUACUUCUCCUCGGGCUUCGUCAUGUUGGCGAGCAAGUCGGGAAACUCCUAUCUCGAGAGCUCCAAGACUAUUAACAAGUCUCUUGGUGGUGAGCUCACUGAGUAUAGUGAGGCGUCAGAGGUCCUCAAAAAGUACCCGAGUAUCCCCUCUAAUCUGGAAGGACUGACAGCCUCUGUCAAUGACAAAGGAGGAUGGGCAGAUGCCGAAAAGAGCAUCAAUCAGUUGAGCCAGGAAUGCAGUCUUGCAGGCGUCAGUUUCAUCACAGGACCUCGGGGCAUGGUUCUCUCGCUUCGUUAUAGUGGAAAACGUGUCGUUGGAGUGAAUGUGGCUCAAGGAGACCCCAUUCUCGCAUCCCAAGUCAUUAUAGCUACCGGUGCUUGGUCUAAUCGAUUGUUAUCAAUGGGUCAUGCUUCCACCGCAUCCGGACAACCAGUUGGCUUCAUUCAGCUUACUCCAGAGGAGGCGGAACCGUUGAGGAAGAUGCCAGUCAUCAUCAAUCUCAGCACUGGCAUUUUUUGCUUCCCUCCUACUCCGGAUACAAAUAUUCUCAAAAUCGCCCGACAUGGUUAUGGCUUUGCCACUCGGGUUCCCAUUGAGGACAGUCCCCGGUUCGUGUCAUCACCAAAGCGAGAUGGAAACAAUGCGGAAGCUUCAUUUCUACCGGAAGAUGCCGACCAAGGACUGAGGGAUGGACUACGCCAGUUGUUGCCGGCCUUUGCAAACUCCCCAUGGAUGGAUCGUCGCCUCUGCUGGUACUCCGACACUCCAGAAGGCCAUUUCGUCGUCGACUACCACCCGCAAGCUGAUGGGCUUUUUGUGGCUACUGGAGGGGCUGGACACGCCUUCAAGUUCUUGCCCGUUCUGGGGCGGUACAUCGCCGACUGCUUCGAGAACAAGGCUUCUUCAGAGGUUCGCCAAAAGUGGAGGUUUCGCCUGCCAAACGGAAAGGAGGGGAUGGUCAAGUUCGGUGACGGGAGCCGCGGCGGUCCACCACUUCGAACUUUGGCUGGACAUGAGCAGGCCAAGUUGUAG